CGUAGUUCUUGAAGGCGUAGGUAUUCUGUUGACUCCUUUUCUGCGGGAUCUUCUUACAUACGACCGAGAGGCCGUAAAAGAUGCACUCGGCAUCUUAAUAACUACACACACACUUUAAAAACCAAGUCCUAAACAAAGGAGACACUUGGACUUCCACAGGCAGCCAUUUUUUCGUCGGUACAGUUCCGUAGCCAGCAACAGACAUGCGCAAGGCUAAACUCUUCGACCAAUCGUUGCGGCGCAAGAGUAACACGUGACGUCUAAAAUGUCAGAAUGGAGCAGCAUUUCAAUGUGAUAUUCAAUUGUUUUAUUUCUUUUGGGCUGUGUUUUUUUCUAUCGUUAUUGUACAUAGGAAGCCUCUACAUAUGGAACAGUCAAUACAAUAGGGACCACCCUGUAACAAUAAAAAAGCGAUUUGUUAGCGUAUUUUGUAUGUUAUUUAUUUCACCAUGUAUUUUAUAUAUUGGAUUAAAUAAGGAAUAUUUAAAUAAGUAUACUCUUUUUGAGAUUCUUGGACUGAAAACUUUAGGACUAUGUCAGGCAAUAAUUAUGCCUUUAUUUUUGACAAUGAUUCUAUUCCUAGGACCUAUAGCUAUGGAAUUACUUAGCGGUCUAUCAAAAGUAUAUACAGAACAGAAUUAUUGGAUGUCAAACCUAACAAACUUGAUAUGGUUAAGAAAUCACGUGGUCGCUCCAUUAUCUGAAGAGUUUACAUACAGAAGUUGUAUGUUGCCUCUACUGCUUCAAAGUUUUUCAUCAACUGCAGCAGUCAUUUUAAGUCCACUUUUAUUUGGAGUUGCACACUUUCAUCAUCUUCAAGAAAGACUUAAGUAUGGAACAGAUUUUAAGACGGCCAUUCAAAUAUCCUGUUUUCAAUUUUUAUACACCACCUUGUUUGGGAUAUAUUCGGCGUACUUACUACUAAGAACUGGUCAUUUUGCGUCAGUUUUUAUUGUACAUGCUUAUUGUAAUCACAUGGGCUUCCCCGAUAUUGUAGAAGUAACAACUUACAAAAGAAACAAGAAAAUAUUUAUCAUACUUCUAUACAUUCUUGGAUUAGUAUUAUGGAGUUACCUCCUGAAACCGUUGACAGAACCAAAGUGGUAUUACAAUGACAAACCUUGGCAUGAUUUAGAAGUUGGUAAUAAUUUAUUGUUGUUCGAUUUCAUUAAAAGUUUGUUUUAUAAGUCAUGAGACUUUAUAUUACUAAACAACACUGCCUCUAAAAAUUAUUGUAUAUUUUGAGUUGUUAAUUAAUGUACAAUAAUUUUAUAAAUCUGUUAACUCUUUGUAAUUAAAAGUCAAUUAACUGAUACAAAUACAUUUUACUACAAUAUACUAUUAUUUUAUUUAAUAACACAAAAUAUAAAUAAACUUUUUAUUUAAUUAAUAGAAUACCUACUACAGCAGCGAUUUAUCACAAUUUUUUUAAAUAAUUAUAAUUUUGAUUUCCACAAAUGUAUCCAAAUUUUAGCUGUAUUUAAAUAAAAAAACUACUAUUAAAAAAAAAUCAGAUCUUUAUCUUAACAAAACAAUAAUAAUAUUGGCAAGUUUGUCUAAUACAUUUAAAACAAUAAAUUCUGAAAAGUAUUUUUUUUUAAUUUCAUCAAUAAAUAAGAAUUAACCACAUCAGAGUAUAUCUUAAAAAUCAUGCCUGAUAUUUAAGACAUUAAUUUCUAUAGAAAACAAUAAAUCAAUCAGCGCACGGCAUUCUUAACAGCAUACUAGGUGCGAUAGAGAAUGCUGUGCUCCGAUUGGUUUACUGCUUUUUUUUUUCAUUGUCUAUAAAAAGUUUACUCUACGUGGAAUUUGAGCAGUCCGUGUUAUUCUGUUGAUUCAAAAAAGCCACGUUACUGGCCUUCAAUCUGGCCUGUGCCACCAGCAUUGGAGAUGGCGACAUACAUGGAGUCGAACACAAACUGUUGCUGAUGUCACAGGUGUCCAACAUACGGAGCAACUCGCCUGUAGAGGGC